AUGCGCGAAGGGGUGGGGAAAAGGAGGAGGAGAAGGGGAAAAAGAAGGCAGGGCUUCAGGCCGGCAGGCGUGCGCGUGCGCUGGACGCAUGCGCAGUGAAGUUCUCCCCACCCCUCGCUGGUUGGGCAGGUCUUUGCAGCUUUAAGGGGCUCGCGGGGCCUGGAGGGUUGAGUCCGGCCGUCACCACAAUUGUUGUGUGUUUUUUUCAAUUAUUGUUAUUACUAUUAUUAUUUUGACGGAGAAGGACCCCCCCCUUCCGUGAGUUCCAGAGGGAGGCGCUUCUUACUCUCCGCCUUUGCUCGCCUCCUCACGGCCGCUGGAUAUCCAUCCCUUGGAGCGCCCCCUGAGGUUACAGCGCCUGCCCCCAACCACCUCAGCCAAGGGGUGAGGAAAAAACAACAACUUCUCCUCCCCUCCUCUGAGGCAGCGCCCCCCCUCAAUAUGGCGGCGGCCAAAGAGGAGGGGCCAGGACCGCGCGCCCGUGAGUGAAUGGGCGGGGCUUAGGCUGCAGUGGGCGGGACCCAGGAGGAGUCAGAUAAGCGCACUUGUUGGGGAGCCGGAAAGAUAACGGUUGCCAAGGAUGGUGGGGGUGCAUGGUCUUAGAAAUGGUGGGAGGGAGUCAAGUUGGUUGUACGGGGAGUUAUGAGUUUGAAGUGGCUGUUGGGAUGAUGGGACAUAUUUUUUGGGGGGAGGCUAAGAAAUGUUGGGGAGUUAACUGGUCCAUUGAUGACUACAUUGAGCGGGAGAUUGUGAGUUGAAAGAUUAGGGUGUCAAGGGUGAGGCACCUGGGGUGAAUACAGUACUGUGGAAAGGGGAUGGGUGGGUACUUCUUGAAUCUUUGGAAUAUUAAUGGGUGUCAAGGCUGGUAAUGGUAUAUGUCUGUUGGGAGGGUGAGGGAAAGCAUGAAUAAAGUGUAAUAGGUGGGUUAGGGAACUGGAGGAUCAUGAUUAUAAGGGUGAAAAAGAUGAAAUUUAGGCACCAAGAUGGUGGCUUUGGGGGUUGUUAGUCAAGAUGUGGAUUACAAAUGGCAAAGUAAUCCUGAUGGUGGGGAUUUUGUACUAGUGGUUAAUGCUAGGGUUUCAUAAAGGAUAAAGUCUUGUAAACUGGAUAAGGCAACUUUUCUUGUGUGGAAAGAUGCUUCAGAUGUAAGAUUGUAUUAGUUCCACUAACCUUUAGAAGCUUUAUCAGUGUCAUUCGGAACAAGCUUGAUCACUAGUGUUGUUUUCACUUCUCCUUUGUGACCCAUAAAUGAAAUAGCCUUGAGAGCAAGCCUUUGUAAUGUGUGACCUGAACACAGCCAACCAACUUACAUUAAGACUUACUGAAUGCUUGACAACCAUGGUUUUCCCAGGCUUUUAGAUAGAAAAACAGAAGGUUUAUCAUGUAUUUGGUGGUUUGCAUUCAGUUUGAUAUGAAAGCUUAUCAACUGGGUCUGGGAUGCUGCUAUAUUUAUUACAUUCUAAGUAAGAACUGGUGUUAAACACAGAGACCAAAAAACCCUAGGCCAUUCAUUCAGAUGCUUAAUAAUCUGAUGCUGGAGGCUACAUAUUUAAAUGCUUUCUAAGGGCUGAUCACAAAAUAUUAUAUGGAGGCUACUAGGAAUUCAAAUGUUUUCCAGUUUUGAUUCAAAGCCAUGGUUGUAGCUGUAAUUGGUAUUUUAGAAAUUGCAUGCAUCUUUAAGUUUUAUAGAGAAACUGAAAGAAAAUGUCAAAAUAUGCAUCUGGAAGGGUCAAACACAAGUCUGAUACACAACAAUGGCAAAUUAUCUUAAAAUUAGUUUAGAAGAAAGGAAAAUUCAGUAUUGGUCAAGGGCAUCAGUAUCAUUGUUGUCAGUAGUAAAGUUAUUCAUAAUUGUGAAUCUUCUUAAUCCAAAACUACUUGCUUCCUACAAAGUUGCUUUGGAAGAUUGGUACCACCAAUAAGUAUAGAAAAAGAUUAUUUCCACAGUUCUCCAGUACGCAUCCCCACAGACAGGAUCCUAACUCAUUUAUUCAUAAGUAAGUCUCAUUCAUCAAAAAUCUUGCUUCUCCUCAUCCUGGCUCUUCAGUUGGGAUUUUUUGAGGGGCUGCAUUCUGGUCAUGGGCAUUAUGAACUGGCCUUUUGAUUAGCCUUUCUCCUCCGUUUGCUGUCCAGUUAGCUGUUUCCUGCUUGCAGCUUGAGCAGGCCUGUUGUUGGCUCAUUCAUUUGUUUUUUAUUCAAAUAUUUGUGCUUGUAUCAAAAUAAUGAAAGUGUUGAACUUUAUUGCUCUUGUACUUUAUUUUUUUUAAUCCCAAAGUUCAGCUAAGGAGGAAGGAACUGUAUAGUGGAGCAUCUGUAGCACUGGGCCCAGGAUACGUAGGAAAACUCAUACAGAAAGAUGGGAUAUCCCCAAACCCUGUCAGAAAACAGCAGAAUGAUAUGGUUUGGCAAUGAUCACUGGAUUCUCUGCAGCAAAUGAAGGAUAGUAAUUGCAGAGAAAUGGGCUAAUGUGCAAGCAACUCUAUAUCUUAUAGAUGAACAACCUGUUUUAAAUUUUCCCUCUUGCUGGUCAAGCUGCAUGGUUUUUUAACCAGAAUUUUGCUGCAGCCUCACUCAUGUUUUAUGAUGUCAUGACAUAGAAUGGGUGGCAUUUGCUAUAUAGAACAGAUGGCAUGCCUGCUGAUGUGCAUCUUGGAUGAAGGAGAGGAUGCUGGUUAUGUGUGUGAGUUGCUUUUUUCCCAUGCAAUUUCUGAUGGGGCCAUAAUGGAUUAGAUCCUAACUUCUCUAAAAAAUGGAAUAGAGUUCCAUGAAUGGGGCUUUCCUUAUCCCCCCCCCCAAGUCUGUUCCUGACUGUUGGGGACCCAUGGAAAUCAUGCAGGGGGCUGCAAACUGAAGGAGAAAUCAGUGGAAAUUUCAUUCCCUAAUAAAAGCAGAAAAACAACUUGUGGUAAAAUUCUGUGGUGCCUAAUCAGAAGUUGAGUUCAAGGGCACUUACUUCCAGAUAAAUGAGUAAAGAACUGCAACCUUAGUAUCCAAGUCAAUAUAUUUACAGUCACAUCUUGUGCAUUUUUGAUUGGAACUUAGUCCGACUGAAUUAUAUUUAUUCCCAGGUAACUGUUGUAUUGCAGUCUAAACGGGCUAACUUCUAUUCUAGGAGGUUGAGUACUGUGCAGAAGUCUUGCCUAUCUACACAGCACCAAAAGUUUACUUAAAUUUAAAAACACUUAGAUGUUUUGUACCACUAACUAUUGAAUGGCAUAUCUUUUAAUUAAUGCAGCACAUAAUAAAUAUUUUCCAGAUGCAGUUUAAUAUUUUGUCAGCUCCCAAGGUGGGAAAAACUUAAAGUACUUGAUUGAUUAUUGGGAUGAUAGCAUGCCUGGAUAGAAGCAACUUCUUAAAAUGGAAAAUUUCUUUUAAUUAUUACAAAUUUUGCUUGUGCCCCUGUGUAUAAUGAGGUCAGGCUUGGGGUGUUCUUGGCUGUAAUUCUAACCACCUUACUGUGGAUGUAAAUUACAGUAUAACUGCAACUUUUAUGCAUUAUGUUUAGGAUAUGGGUUGUUAGUUCAAAUGGAUAUUAAUUGUGCGGGUUUCUUUUUCUACUAUAAAUGAAGUUUCAUAGUAGACUUGGUGAGAACUGAAAUUCCUCUACAUCUUACACACAUUUUACUUACGCAGAUUCAGCUUCAUAUUCUUGGCUUCACCCUCUGGGUUUAUGGGGGAAAGACCCCUCAAGUAGGGAACCAAGGAAAAAAGUUCCUCUUUUAAAACAGUGUCUAGCCAUUUUUCUGCAAGGAACAUCACUGAGCGGAGUGGAGAAGUGGCGGCAUUGUUGCGGUCGCUCUCUAGUCAAGAGGCUGUGCUGCCAGCUGACCUGCUAGCAGUGAGGAAAGUGGUGUCAGAACCAACCCUGCAGUGAGCAUUUAGAGCUAGGAAAAGAGGGAGGUGAUUUUCCAGGACCCCACCUGGGAUGGAAUGUGGUGAUUCUGAGGAGUCCAAGGUUCUUGACUAUGUGCAAUUUUGUGUAUGUUCGCUCCGUCCAGAACCUAUCCAUCACGUAAGAUGCAGUCACUGUAUAGGGAUUUAGGUUCCAGCCUUCAGCCCAUUUCCCCAUGAUUAAUGGGGGUUUUCUGGGAAAAUUUGAAUUAGAUUUUUUCCAUUGUCCUAUACGCAUUUAACUUGUGGGCAUUCAGCUUUGUGUGUGCGGCAAAAAAGUAACAAGAUUAGAAAGGGGGUGGAGUACCAGGAAAAAUCAUAUUGGCAGAUCCACCCAUCAUUUAACCCAAUGGGUUUUGACUAUACAUGGUUUUGGCUUUAGGCACAAUCUGCGGAACAUACCCCCACCCUGCUUAAGUAGUGGGUUCCCUGUAACAUGUUUGCUUGAUUUCCAUUUAGUAAACAAAACUUUAAAAAUAUAUUUGUUUUAUAAGCAAUAUAAAUAUCUGAAAAGUUUAUCCCAGUAGCUAGUAAAAGUUGAGCAUUGUAAUGCAGUGAGUGGGUGGAAGUAUUUGAAGUUGGGUUGUUUGGACAAACCAUAAACUUAAAAGUUUAAACUGCCGUAUUUUUCUCUCUAUAACACGCACCUGACCAUAACACGCACAUAGUUUUGAGAGGAGGAAAACAAGAAAAAAAUAUUCUAAACGAAACAGUGGAUGUAUGAUUUUUGUGGUUCAUGCUGCGGCCACAGACAUGUGAUCUGACGGUGAGUUUGGGGUAGCCCAAUGCAAAAAUCCUGAGGAUCCAUGUGGAUCCAUGCUUUGUAACCAUGUUUUUGCACCAUUGUGGCCCCACCAUGGAUCCUCUGCUCACGACUGCAGCAGAUCCCCCUGUCAUCCAUAACACGCACAGACAUUUCCCCUUACUUUCUAGGAGGAAAAAAGUGAGUGUUACGGUGCAAAAAAUACGGUAAGUACAUUUUGUCCCAGUUCAAAUGAAAUAACAAACUGUAUCCAUGUUGGAGGAGGGGAGGGGAUGUAGCAGUAUAUCAGUCUGAAGCUUGUUUAUGUAGCAGUUUUAAUUAAAUUUAUACACCACUAUGCAAAUACAUUCUCUGGAUGACUUAGAGUAGAAACAUCACAAACUUCAUUCACUUAGUGCCAGAUCAUGGUUUGGCUGAUCUUGGCACUAAGUGAAUGAAGCAUGUUCUUGGUGUUUCUCUCUUCCCUUGCACAUCUAGAUUUCGCUUCUCAUUUCUGAACUAACCCAGUGAAGUAGUGCUCAUAAAUUCAUUCAUUAUUUUAUUUGUAUGCCGCCUUUCCAUAGAUAAAAUAAUGCUCAAGGCGGCUUACAACAUGACAAGAUUUAAUUACCAACAUAACAAAGUCAUAAACAAUAAAUAAAGCACAUCAAAAAGUACACAACCAGAUGGAAAACAAUUUCCACAUGAAUCAUAAAAUCUAAAACUAAGAAUACAGCAUUAAUAUCAAUCACAAUUUAAAAUGACAUAGAUAAAAAAUAAAAGCAAUUAAAAAAAACACAAAAAGAAAACUGAGCCCUCUGCCCAGCAGCAGCAGCACUCCUUAUGGAGCUUGUCAUAAAUGACCAAUUUGGUGACUCUUCUUUUUUUGGGGGGGGUGGGGUGGGGGGAGAAUCAGCUCCAAAGCCAUGUACGUAGGUUUGUCAAAGCAUGAGAAUUGUGUCAUCUUGUUUUCUGUCCCUGUCCUUAAUUUAUGUUGAAAAAUUAAAUUCUAGUUCCUUAAAUAGGUUUUGGUGCCCAAUUUGAAAGAUGUUUUCCAAAUCUGUUCUAGAAAGCUGUUGUCCUUCAUCUGUAGACUUAUCAUUUUAAUUAUUCAUCUGACAGUUAGUUGCUCUGUAAAGAAUGAGAUAAUGAGGAUUGUAAAGACUGUUACAUGCUAAAAUCACCAUAGAAAUGAAUAAUUCUGACAGUGAUUGUUGUGGUGGUAACUCCUGUUUCACAAUCUUUUAUUUCUGUAAGUUCAUUGUAGCCAGGGAAUCCACUUCUGAUGCUGGUAGUUUCAUAUCUGGGGCAUGCUGUUGCAAGGGUACAUAACUUUUUCAAGGCCAAGGACCACAACAGAUUAGUUGUAGCCUUCCAUCCUUAGCUGGAGAACCAGGGCUAUAUAAGGUAUCUAGUUGACAUAAAAUAGGACUUGUUCACUAUGCAAAUUGCCGGCUAGGAGUGGUCAAGAGGCUAGUCAACCCGUAUGCUCAAAAUAAUAAUUUUAGCUGCUUAAAAUCUAGAACUGGAGCAGGCCAAGAAAUUUAGAAAGUUUGUUGUUGUUUUUUAAAAAAAAUAAUAUUUAUUAAAAGUUUCAGAAUUACAGGAAAGAAAAAAAAUAGAAAACAACACUACAAUACAUAAAAAAGAAGAGAGAAAAAAGAAAAAAACAAAGCAUAAAAACCAAUACAACAAUACAGCAAAAAAACAAACAAACACACACAAAUCCCAUAUUACGUAUCUUUAACUUCCAUUUGCUUGUUUCAUUGACCUCCUCACACCUCCCUUUUUGUAUUCUAGUUUAAUUAGUUAUUUCAGCAAAUUCUUUCCAUCUUUCUCAAUUUUUAUUAAAUAAUUAUCUUAACAAUUUAACCUAAUAAUUAGCUCAACAAAUCCUUUCCAUCUUUCCCCAUAUUCUGUUAUUCAAAUUGCCUUGAUUUAUUUAACCUUAUCUUACCGUAAAAUACCUUAGAGCUUAAAACUUAAUACUCAAUUAUACAUGACUCCUUAUAUCAUUUCUACUAAAACCAUAUAGUUUCAUUCCAACAUUUUCCCUAAUAUUCAUUAAUUUUUAGGCUAAUUCCCUAAAUAAAAAUUUUUCUUUAUAAAUUUUCUUCCACUCUUCAUCCAACGUCUCUUCUUCCUGGUCUCAGGUCAUGUCAGUCCUUACUGUCCAUUCCAUCUAGUCCAUCAACCUGGUAAUCUUAUGUCCGAGGCUCUUAAGUCUCUUCCAUGUCCCUUCUGCAGAUCUUCUUCUUCUUGUUUAUACCUGCACUUUUCCUUGUCUUUUGUUGGUCUCUUUCUUAAUUUCUUUCCUUUCUCAUUGAGGAGUAGGUCUCUGGGAGGUUCCAGCCCAAAAUUAUCUCCAUCUCCCUUCAUCAAACCAGCCCAUUCCCCACAGUCCCACUCCCCACAGUCAUCAAUGUAAUCCAAAAAAUAUUUAAGAGCAUAUUUCAAAGUCCCUCCGAAGUUAAGAACCUCCUCAGCUCCAGACUCCCCCUGGCCCACUCCAACUUCAAUCUUCAAAAACAGCGGCUUAUGCUCCUGCAGGGCCUCGGAUCUCUCCAUUUGUAUUAUUUGAGGUGCAACCGCAACCUCCUCCAUUAUCUUCUGCACUUGCCCAAUCAAUACAGGUUCCUGAGUUGGUCCCUGAAUGGUUUCUGUAUCAAUAUUCCCUGUUUGUCCACAGUUAUUGACCACAACAGUCAUCAAAUCCGUUUUCUCAUUCAUCAGAUCCAUCUUCUCAUGCAUCUGUUCCAACAAAGCACUUGUCUUGCAUAAAGCAAGCACCAAAACUUCCUCCCAGCUCAUUUUUAUACAAGGUCAAAAGGACUGGUCCCACGAUCUUAAUCUCACAGCUGUAGAGUCCUCAAGUAGACUGCAGCAACAAUUUAACAAGCUCCCUCUAGAGGAGACAAUUUCUAUUUGUAUCCAUCUUUUUAAGGCAAGUCCAACAAAGGAAAAUUACUUUCAUUUUUCAGAUAUUUUGUUUCUUUAGAAUGCAAAAGGCAACAUUGGAAUCAGUUUAUUUCUCUUCUUUAGCUAUCUGUCAAAGUAUUCCAUUCACAGUCAGUGAACCUCUCCAACAAUUUCUGUCUCUGACACCCCGUUCCCAGGUUAGAGACGGUGGAAACUUAUCUUUCUUCACUCCCUCUCCUGCAGGCUUAAACAAAGUCCCCCCCCCCUUUCUCCUGCUUCCAAGGGGGUUUUAGUGGUUAUAAAUGAAGGAAAUUUAAACUUUUUAAACGACUUUUCAGGCUUUAGCUUACAAGGUUUUUGCCUCAGUCUAUAUACAAAAAGCGGAAGGCGGACUUCCUGUUUUGAACCUUCCCGCUUCGGUGCCAAAUUAGGAUAUUUCUUGAUCCAAUUUUCCGUUUCUACUCACGGAUACUUGUUUUAAAUCCAAUUGUCCACAGGAAAAGUCAGCGCUCUCCGGCAAUGGCUGUGCGGCUUCACUCCGUGAAAGUAGCAAUCAGUUCGUAGCACCGCGCCGCUCACCCCACUUCGCUCCGGAACCCCGAAAUGGGGUUCCCUGUGAGUAGGGGAGGCGCUCCUGGUGCCCUGCCGAACCCCACGUUCCCAGGCUUCCUCUGCCUGGGAUUUCUAGCGGGUCCCCACCUUCGCUGUGGCGGGAAGACCCAAUUUCCACGGCGCCAGUUCCUCCGGUCGGAGGAACUCCGCCAUUCGCCGAUGGCGCUAACCCGGAAGUCUGAAAGUUUGAAAACAUAAUAAAUGCUGACGUCUUCUGACCCAGCUGAGUGGAGAGAGUUAAUGUUUUCAAAGUGCAAAUGUGAGAGCUCACAAUAUAUCUGUAAAGUGAAAAGCAAAAGAUCCAAUGGGAACUGGGAGUCACUCAGAAGUGCUCUUUACAAUGAAAAUGGAUAUUGCUCUUUACAGUGAAAAUGUAGGUGUCAUUUGAAUAUCUGGCUACACAGAACAUUUAGGCUGCAGUACCAUACUCAUUUAGCUGUGAGUAUGUCCCAUUGAACUUAAUGGAGCAUAUGUAGAAGUAGACUUGUUCUUAGAAGUGCUCUGUUAAUGUACAUAAUCUCUAAUAGGAACCAGUGUGGUGUAGUGGUUAGAGCACCUGACUAGGACCCUUCGCAGCUGUGAUGUUCACUGGAUGACCUUGGGUCAGUCACUGCCUCUUAGCCUAUCCUACCUCACAGGGUUGUUGUGGGAAUUAAAUGAGGAGGGGGAGAAGCAUGUCUACCACCUUGAGCUCUUUGGAGAAAAAGGUGGGAUAUAAUUGCAGAUAACAACAACUCGGUAGUGUAUCAUUGCUCUGCAGGUUCCUUCCCUCUCCCCAUGGUAGCAAAAUAGUAUACAAUUAUGUAAUUGUCAUUUUUAUUCACUGUGGAAACUUGUGCAAGUUUUUUUCAUUCACACAUUUUAUACAAGUUGCAGAAUUUUAUUAAUUGGAGAAUGCUCGUGCAGAUAUCACUGUAGAAUGUUUGUUUGUUUAUUGGGCAGUGUAUAUAUUAGUAUGGGUAGUCUCAAGAAAACUGAAACAGAAAAGUAUUCAAUUCCCUAAAUGGAUUGAGAUCUAAUUUAGCCUGUUUGCCUGGUAAAUGAAGGUAGUAAAGUGUGCUUUUAUAUGCUGUGUAAAUAUCUUACUUCUUCCUUAAUACCCAGAAGAAAAAGAAAUGAAGGCCCUGGAAGCUUAACUGUUGUAUCUUGUAUCUAGAUGUGCUCUUCUGUUUAUGGACAAUGGUUAGCCUAGCUGAGGCUUCCACUAACUGAAAAGGGGUAGAGGAAAUUUUUGCCAAUUCUGCCUUCUCCCCUGCCACACAGCUCUAUACCAUCUUCCACAUUGUUCUGACGAUUCCCCCAACCCCUUGGAACACUUUUUCAGAGGCCUGUAUGGGAAAAGGUGAAUUGGCAAAAAAAAUUUCCCCUUCUCUUCCAUUUGUGAAGAUGUACCUUGGGUCAAAUAACCAUGCAGGAACAGGUGGUGAAAUUGAAUUCAAUCCAUUGCUUUUUGCCUGCCCUGAGUUGUGUGCCCAUUUGCUUCCUAGGGAUAGUUACAGUGGUGCCUCGCAAGACGAAAUUAAUCCGUUCCGCGAGUCUCUUCGUCUUGUGGUUUUUUCGUCUUGCGAAGCACGGCUAUUAGCGGCUUAGCGGCUAUUAACGGCUUAGCGGCUUUAAGAAAAAGGAAACAAACUCGCAGGAACUCGCAAGACGUUUCAUCUUGCGAAGCAAGCCCAUAGGGAAAUUCGUCUUGCGGAACGACUCAAAAAACGCAAAACCCUUUCGUCUAGCGAGCUUUUCGUCUUGCGAGGCAUUUGUCUUGCGGGGCACCACUGUACCAGGAAAAAGUCCUAACUACAACUUUGAUUUUUUUAUUUGUCUAACUUUGUAUCCAUACCAGUUGCUCAGCUUCAUUUUUGUUUUGUUCAUUCAAUAUGUUGUUCUGAAAUGAUUCAUUUCUAAACAGUAGGAAAUGUUCCACUGCACAUCAUUGCAAAUAUACAUAGCACUCCCUAUGCUUAGCCUAAAAAGCAACUGCUGCAUAUGCAAGUCUCUGUCUUUUAAAGCAGUAGACAUAUACUAUUACAGAACUGGGUAACCACAACUGCCCCAGUGCAAGCACAGGCACUGCACCAUGGAUAGUGUGGCAGUAGAGGUUGGAAGCAAGAGGGUGGGCAACAGCAGGAAGCUAUUUAUUUAUUUAUUUUCAAAAAUUAUCACCAAAGUGGCAAUGAAGUAGUUUAUAAUAAGCUAUUACUGUCGUUAUCAUUUAUUAGACUUCUUAAUUGUUUGUUACUCAAAGGGUCUGCAAGCAACUUAAAACAUUUUAAAAACAUAAAUAUAAAUGCAUUUUAGUGUAAAAAAACCCACAACUGUAACAGCCACAGGAAGCUUUUGCAGCACAUGAGUAUCAAAGCUUUAUCAUCUUUGUCUUGUUAAAAGCCAGGGCAGGGGUGGUCUUUUCCAGGUAUGCUGAAAGCAGCACAGGCAGGAUUUUUUUUUUUAAAGUAGCAAUUUAUUUUAGCCAAUAAUAAUUAUGCUUUUUCAGUGUGGACUUGCAAUCCAUUCAGGUGUAAAGUUCAUUAAAAAUAAAUUGCUUGCUGCUGGCAAAACCUCCAAAGGGUCCCUUUGCCUGUUGAAUGAUAUAAAUCUUACUUAUGUAUGCAAGUAUCUAACUUUAUUUUUCCAUGAUAGUUAUAUGCGUGAACUGAUGGUUCUUGACCAUAGGAAGCUGCCUUAUAUCUGUGUGAUAACCACCUUCAUAUAACCAACAUGCUUAUAGUAAUGAAGCAGUUAAGACCAUAGAGUGUGCUGUCCUGCCAGGCUUAGCUCACCAUGGGAGGGACUAGGCCAUUAAGCCCUUGUUCCCCUCUAGUCAACAUGAGAAGCUCAGGUGUGAGGAGGUCUGAGCUGUUUGAUGCAGCUGUGACCUCAUGGCUCUUACAAGCCACUCUUGAAUUCCUAUAGGAACUUCUACCACUGUUACUACUUGUGCAGCUGUCUGAAUGCUUGGUGACUUCACCAAGUAAUGCUAGGAAAUACUCUCAUUUGAAAUCUUGGAGAGCUGCUACCAGUCAGUGGUCUCAUCCACACAUCAUUUUAAGCCAUGAUUUACCAUUCAUAGUUCUCUGUUCUGGUCCAGUGCUGGAAUCCAGAGGGAAAAUGGCAAGCAUGGGGGCACAGCAAAGCUAGUUAAAGGUUCCUGGACCAUGGUCAGCUUCGGGUGAGCUACUUGCUCCAACAAAGUUUUGGCUCAGACUGAGGCCUUUAUGCUUCUGUCUUCAUAUUGCCUUCUUCAGGCUCCACCCCCUUGAGAUAAUUUAAGAGCCUUAACAGACUGACCCUCUCACCUGCAGAUCAUAUACCGGUAAUUGGGUCUCUCUAGUCAAACCCCCUGCAGGGCAGGAAUUUCAACUAGUCCUGCAUGGGUAGUCCUUCAUUCCGUAGCCACCCUCCCUCAACUGAUGGUGUGUAAUGCAAAGCAUCUGGUUCUUCUAGCUCAGUUGAAUGUGUUUGCAAGGGUCCAGGCUCUGGCUCUACAGACCCUGGUGAUCUGUGAGGCUUCUCUGUCCAACUGCCUCAGGCACAAGGGUCUCCCUAUUUUCUGUAGUCAGCUCUGAUCCAUGACCCAAACUUGGCUCUCCACUGGUGUUCCUUCAACACUGUCCAGUUCACUGUUGGAUGCACAGGUCAUGACACAUAGUUUGUUUGGAGAGAAACCACGAGCCUGGGGUUGAAUGUAGUGCUAAGCUAAAUCAUGGCAGCAGGGCAGUAGCAGGAGCACACCAUGCAUUCACAUUUAAAACAUAGCUAAGUUUAACUAUAUGGUUUAAAGCAGGAGUGAGGAACCUUUUAGUUCCACAGGCCAGAUCCAUAUAGUUGACCUUGUUUGCCAGAUUUCACAGUUGGAUAGCCCACAUGAUGUAUUUAUGGCAUGACAUAAUUGACAAGAGGGUUGUCCUGACCAGCAGUCAAAAUGCUUGUGGGGUUGCCAAGUGCUGCUGAGGAAAGUGAGAGAGAAAAGCUUGCAUAUUAAAUUGCAGGCUUUUUUCUCUCACUCCCCAUAGCAGCAUCAUUGGAUGAGCCAGCAGCAGAGAGGUGGGGUGAGGAAACCAAAGGGAGACUUUCCCCCCUUUGUUCUUAUCCCUCAACCCACCCCCUGUGGAGCAGCACUGGGAGGGCUAGGUUUCCAUAGAAUGGAAAAUGUGUCAGCAUCAGUCCUUCAGCGAGGUGUGCAGAUGAGUGGUUGGGAGUGCCCUGGUGUUCUUUUGAAGCCCCACCCUUACCCAUGCCACACCUUAAAUCAUCUGCAAAAUGGCAUCAUGGGCUAAAUGGCAAUGCUUGAGGUUUCCCAAUCCUGGUUUAAAGUGACAUGAGAACUAGUUGGUGUUGACUAGGCAUUCCCAACCUUUGGGCCUCCAGAUGUUUUGGACUACACUUCCCAUCAUCCCUGACCACUGGUCCUGUUAGCUAGGGAUCAUGGGAGUUGUAGGCCAAAACCUCUGGAGGGCCGCAGGUUGGGGAUGCCUAGCGUUGACUGAAUUGCAUGAACCAAUUGUCUGAUGUGCUAUAAGACAACUUCCACAGCGCCUGUGGUCUUGGCUAAUAUUUUUGUGUCUAAUUCUGUGGGGUGCAAUGAGCAUGACUGGAGGAAGUGGGGGGGGGAAUCAAUAAAAUAACAAAAGUAUUAAAUACAUAAAAGUGUUUGUUGGCACAGGAAAUCCCCUAGUCUUCCUACUUCCCAAAUGUUGAUUGUAAUCCACUCUUGGGCAUUACUUUAUAUGACUCAGUGUCUUUGGGGGGGCCAGGAAAGCACCCCAAUAGAAUAGAAUAGAAUCAUUUAUACUCAUUUUUAUUGAAUUUAUUGAUUGCUUUUUUACCAAGGUAACAGAAAGUGGCUUACAGUAUUUAAUUAUUGGCAUUUAUUGGCAUAAGGUGGGUUACAAUAUAUAAACAAACAUACAGCCAUAAAAAAAUCUAAAAGUCUGUGCUAUUUUUAAAAGGAAAGAUUAAAAUAUCCCACCCACUUAAGGAGGUCACAGAUAAGUAAGAGCCAAAGGCCUGGCAAAAAAGAAAUGUAUUCGCCUGGCACCUAAAGUUACGCAAUGAUGGCACCAGGCAAGCCCCCCUCGAAUGAACAUUCCAUAAGUAUGGAGCCUCCACUGAAAAGGCUUGUUCUUAUGUUGCCACACUCCAGACCUACCAAGGAGGGUGGACAUGAAGGAGGGGGUCUACCAAGGAGCAAAGUGGGCUUUAUGACAUGGUGGAGGGAUCUCAAGGGUGAUAGUGUCAGCUUCCUGAGCCAUUCAUAUAUUUCACAGGUGGACCAGGGCUUCUGGAAGCCAGUUGUAUCCAUUAGCCUCCAGUGGCAGAUCAUCCUAAUAGGUCCCUUGCCUCUGCAAAGUGGAAAAGGUGCUGAAAGUCUGGAUCUCAACAGGAAAUGAUUCUACUAUGCCAAGGGACUGGUGUUAAUAUCCCCCACUUUCAGACCCCCCUCUAAUUGCAAACUUAGUUAUCUGAGUGGUGCUUAUACAGUAUAGCCAAAACUGCUGCAGCCAAUGAAUAAUGUACCUGUAUCAGCAAGCCUAGGGGCAAACUGCAGAAGUCCAAAAAGCUUUAGGGGAAACGGUGCUGGUGGUGGGAACGAGUAAACAGCCUAAUGAGGAGGUCCGGGAAACAAGCUAAAGGAAAAUAAGUAAUAGAAAAUAUGUGUGUUUUUAACUGUUUUUAUUUUGUAUUUUUCUUUUUUCUUUUUCAUUUUCACUGUAAUAUUUCAAAAAACCUUAAUAAAUAUCUUAUAAAAAAAAAAAGAGUAAACAGCCUAAUGAGAACUGAGCAUAUGCAGUGAUCAAAAUAUGUCUGGCUGGAACUCUGAACAGAAGCAUUCCACACUGCAAUGCUUUUUGCAGGGCCCACUUGAAUGUCUGUUUAUUUGGUAUUCAUAUAGAACAUUUUUAAUGGGAGAAAUUAUGAAAGUAGCUUUUCCCCAUGACAUCUGAUCUAAGUGGAUUUGUAAAAUAUUUGCCCAAACUUGAUAGCUGCUGUUAAUCAUAUGCAGAGUAGACCAACUAAAAUCAAUGGGCUUACAUAACUUUCAUUGGUUGUACUUGGUUAUCACUCAUUGUCAUUAAUCACAUCAUCCUAUACUUGAAAUCAGAAAAAUUUAGAUAAAUAUUCAAAAUGCCAUUUUCAGUCAUUACGCUUAAAAUAAUUUAUUUGCUGUUUCAGUGUUCUUUAUUUUAAACUAGGGAGCAAUACAUGGGUAAAUGGCUUUUAUUUCUUUUUAAUGAAUGCUGCAGGUUAGGUUCUUGUUUUGAGCAGAGUUUUACAUUUGCCAUGUUUCUCAACAUGCAGGGAAUGUUGUUUGAAAAUAAACCCUGAAGAACAUGUGACUGUCCAACUUUAUUGAGAAAGGCUAGGAUGAACAUAUCCAUUCUCCCCUUGCAGUCGCAGUGCCAGACGUUAGACACAGGCGGCUGCAACAGCUGACACUGCUAGGGGGCUCUACAGUUCCGGCAAAGCUCUUCUGAGUUCACAACUCAUACAAGCUCUCUCCUUAGCUGCUCUCUAUGGCUCUCCUGACCUCUAGGGGUUCACUUCCUGUUGGAAGUGCUUCUUUUCCUGCAGCAGGUAUAUGCAGCAGGCUGGCUCUUUGUUACCCACUGCACUCCUCUCUCCCUAGAUGCUUCGAAGGUAGGAAUCAAUGAAUUGCUUUUAUGAUUCUGCAAACACAACCCUGGGAAGGGCUUGAAGAUGGAAUGUCCACUGUAUUUUAUGCUAAACAAUGUUUCCCAGACCUGGGAGGGGCAGUGCGAUUCACUUGCUAGUUGAACACCCCCCCCAUCAGUGUUUCUGACUAUUUCUUUAAUCUUAUUUGGCCAUGGCUCAAGAAUAUCUGACUUUUGUAUGCUAUUACAAAACAAUAUUUAUCUAUUACUUACGCUCCCAGGAAUGGUAUGCUUGAAGGCAUUCUGUACAAAAGUUGAUAUAUAUUUUUUAAAGUUACAUUUCUAUAGUUUCUCUCUGUGCCCCCCCCCCCAGUAAAUAAACCUUGUAGUACAAUGAGCAGAAAGAAAUCCAGGAAGGCGUAGUAUUAUUUCAAGCAUCUAAGAACUUGUAAUUGUGGUGGAAGUUGAUAGCAACUGGAUGAUGAUGUUAUUAAAAAUAAUGUUGAACCAUGUCAGUUUUUCUUAAUGAACUCAAACAGAUAGCUUGUCUGCUCAUAUUUAUAGAAAAUUUAAUUGAAUAUGUGAUGUCUUGAUAUUGUAGAAAUGUUUUUCAGUUAGUUGUAAAAUUGAAAUGCUGUCAAAUAUUUUGGGGCUCAAAGUAGGUAGUGUUUAAAACUAGCAGAAAAUAAUAUAAUGAAACAAAAUUGUAUAUUCUAUUGAAAUAUGUAAAUAAUGUGUUUGCUUACUAAUCAUAUUCUUAGUAUUUAUAUAUUGCUCUUUCCAAGUAUAGAUCCCAUUAUCCAUAGGAUUAUUUUUAGGUUUCAAAAAAUUGUUUACUGUUCCCCAAUUUGAGAACUCUUUGCAUUCCUCCAGAGUUCUAUAAAAUCAGUCGAAAAGCCCUGUAAGGUAGGCCAUUAUAAUUUCCCACAUACUGCAGAUGGGGAUUAAAGAGCAAAUAAGAGUGGUUUGCUAGUAACUUGAUGGUUGAGGUAAAUUAAAUCCAGUGUUUCACACACAAAACUUCUUCUUUUCUUUCCUGCCAGACAACGGUAGCCACCAGACUUAACCUUCAGUUUUCAAAGAGUCUUAUCCUAGCCAUAGAAAAUGAUCAAGCCUGGGCUUGGAGAAACAUUUGGGGAGCGAAUUCCCAUCGUUGUGAGGUAACUGCCAAUAGUACAUUGUUGAGAGCCCUUGUUGUGUGGAUAUGGUACCCGAUAUUUUUUAAAUAAAGGGGUAGAUAUGAAUGGCUGUUGUGGGCUAUGGAAAAGGGGGCUGGAGUGAAACAGACUUUAUUUUGUUACUGUCUUCUAUUGCUAAUCCCAUCUUUCAUUGUGGAACCCAAGGUUUUAAAGACUAGCAUUGCAUAUUGUGCUCAGAAGACAAAGGAAAGCUGGAGCAGUGGUAUUACUUCUACCAAUGACCCAGCCCACUUAAGGAAACAAGCCACUCCAUUUUGCCCUGGCUUAAUAUAAACAGUAUUUUUAGGACAUUAUUAUUAUUUGUGUUCUCGUGGGCUGUGGCUAGUUUAAUGGAACACCCUUUAACUUUGUAGUAGUAACAAUAUUACCUUUAGCAAUCAUAAUAAUGCUUCAGCAUUUUUGGAGCGAUCAAAGAUGCACAUACCCAAUAAUCAUUUCAGAUUUCAAGGCCAUUUUAAAAAUCAGUUAUAGGAUACUGGGAGUACUGUCUGCUUGCAUUUUUCCAGCAGUUGUUCUCUUGUAUCUUAAGUUUGCCAGGGUAUUUCUCAUGUGAUGGUGAUUGCUAGUUGUUUUGUGGUGAGGGGAUUCACGUUUUACACUAGAGCCUGGAUUUCACGCAUUGUGUAAAUUAUAGCAGGCAACUUAAUGCUACAUCUCUACAUCAUCCCCAUCCCAGCUUCUCUCAUGCGUCUCUUUCUUCUUCUGAAAUUAAACUUACACAUGCAUGCUCACAUUUACCCACUUUCUUCAGUCCCCCUCUGAUUUUUCCCCAUCUCCAUUGUCUAAAGAUAGGGUUAAAACAGACAUGUCAUGGUGCUGGGAGAUGAAUUGAACCCUUCUGUACAGGAAUGCUGCAUAAAUAGGUCUCAAAAGCUGUUUUUCGCCUUGUAGCAAUAAAGAUCUUCCCUUCUCUCCAAUCUAUGAAGCCCGCUGGGUGACCUUGGGCAAGUCACUAUCUUUCAGUCAUAGGGUGGUUGAGAGUAUAAAAUGGGCAGAAAAUCUUGUACACCACCCUGAGCUUCUUGGAGGAAGGGUAGGAUAAAAGUGUUAUGAUUUCUUUUUAAGACAGAUGCAGCAGCAGCAAACAACAACAACAACAAUUUGUUACUCGCUUUUUAUCCUAAGAUCACAGCAAUUUAAGAUACAGCAUUGAAAACUUUUUAAAGCUAAUUAUAAUCCCAACAAUAGGGUGACAGUUGUAGUUUAAAACACAUGGAGGGCACCAGGUUGUUGGAGGCUGUGCUACACCACUUUGUGCAACUGAGUUUAUAUUAAUCAAAAAAAUCUUUGAGACAGAAAAUCAAGAUGUGUUUACAUAGCAAGAGAGAUGGUUAAUGGCCGUUGACUUUGCACAUGACAGAACACUGAAAGGAUGAGAGGGAAGGGGAAAAGAAAGGGGAUUCAAGUCGAUGUAAACUUUACUCAGAAAUUAGCACUAUACCUUGGGAAACAUGGAUGGGAGAUUGCAGCUGCAGAAACUAUAAACUCUAGUACAUUAUUCAGAUGUUUGUAUGCCCUACUGGUAAUUAUGGACAUGAUUCUGGAGCCAUCUCUCAAUGGUGAAAUUAUUUUGCUUUCUGUUGCCUAAAGUUUAGGUUCAUGUGGUUGUCUGAUGGGAAGUUCUGCUUCUGCACAUGAGUCUGGCAAACCGCUCUAAGCUGAAGCAUUCCUUCUUCACCCACCCUAGAAUGUUUAGUUGUCAACUAUUGGCCCUGGUUGCUACGGUGUGAAGAUGACUCCUAGAACUAGACCAGAUUUGUCUGUGCCUACUGACUGAACAUAAUGAAGUUUAAAGCCAUAUUCUUCUUUUAGUAGUAGUAGUAGUAGUAGUAGUAAAUCAGAUGCCAUGGGGUUACUGGUUUAAAAUAAGCAUUAUUUUUAAGAUCUUCUGGACCAAACUUUCUGCACACGCCUUAUGUAGCACUGUGAAUUGCAUUUCAUUCUGCCACAUGCAACCUUUGUAGUGAAGUGUAGAGCUUAUAUUGUGAAUGAGAGUACACAUAUUGCUAAGAACUACCAAUUAUAUUCAAAAAUUAAUAAUUCUAAAACAAAAUACUUUGUUUAAUUUUCCUUUAUUUGCACAUUCUAAAUAUCUUAAUAUAUAUUAAAUUAAUAGUUUCAAGAAGCAAAUGUUGCUGGAACCAUUUUAUUUGCAUCCCAAUAUUCAUUCAUUCAUUCAUUUUAUUUGUAUGCUGCUUUUCCACACACAAAAUCAUGCUCAAAGCAGCUUACAACAGAAAACAGGAAUGCACUUCAAGCAAAUACCACAAAAACAAUUUUAUAAUAACAUAGCAAACAAUGACAUAGUAACAAUUUCAUAGUAACAUAGCACAACAAUAGCAAAUAUAAUAACAUACAAAAAGCCACAUUUCAAGAUUACUUAAACAUACAACAUCCAACAGCAAAAGUAACAAUUAUGUCAUAUUGGGUUCAUGUACAUACUGGUGUUGGGAAUUUUGGUCCUCUGUUCUUAAUUUCCUUUGUGUAACAACAUUGUUAAAAAUUAAGGUGCAAACUCAGAUUCUAUGAAUCUAGGAGGAAGGAAGUUGGGAACUGUCAGUAGUGAUAAUUUGUAUCAACUUUCAUAGUAAUUUUUUACCCUUCAAGUGUAAAAAAUCACUGUUAGUGUUGGGGGAUAAUUUUGUAUAUCAUAAAACUACAUUGUUACCCUUGGCAGACAAGCCAGGAGCCAGAUUACCCUUGGUAGAGAAGUCAACUCUCCUCUUUGCCAAUGAUGCCUACUUAGUAUGAAACCCACACAUACAUGGGCUUAUUUUAGGUGAGAUAUGGGCUAGAUGAGUUUGAAAUGCUUUGUGUUGAAGCAAACUGCUUUGUGUCUUAUUCUGCUCUGAUGUUCUUUUGUUUUUUAGCAGCUUCUUGAGUUUAUUGUUACUUUUUUGACUCAAACGUACUGUGGUGUAUCACAAGGAUGAUUUUAAGGCCCAACCAUAAUUCAGAAUAUACUGCAACUGUUUUAGAGAUAUGCUAAAUAUGACUAAGUGUGCUGCCUCACUAGAAUCAACACUAAAUAUUUUUAACCAGACUUGAAUAUUAUUCUUUUAGCAUCUGGAGUAA